GAGGAGCAGUUCUGCUGCUGGUGGCCGCAGGGGCCGGCGGAGGAGAUUUGCGGCCAGUGCCUGAAGAAAGUGGCGCUGGCAGAGGCCCACUGCCCUGAGGACCGCGUGUGCGGAGGCGGCGGCGCCGACCCUGCCGCAGGCGCGCCAACCGAGGCGCCCACGGAGCCGCCCACGGAGCCGCCCGCGGAGCCCCCCACCGACGAGCAGCCCGAUGCCGCGGGCGAGGAGGCGGCGGCGCAGGGCGACGAGGCGGCGGCGCCCGACGAGCCGUCGGAGUCGUCGACGCCCGCGCCGCGGACGGUCGCCGAGCAGCUGGAGGUGCCCGGCUGGGCGGUGAAGGUCGCGGGGCGGUGCCUGGAGGUCGCGGGCGAGGAACCCGAGAACGGUGUGGAGCUGCUGCUGCGCGACUGUGCAGCGGCGUCGGUUCGGCAGCAGUUCAGCUGGGAGAGUAGCCUGUCCAAGGUCCGCUGGGCCGCGCACCCUGCCCUGUGCCUGGACGUGAAGGAGCACAACUUCACCUCGGGCACGCCGGUCCAGCUCUGGGAGUGCCUGGAGGAGGACGAGGACCAGGUCUUCGACAUCAGCGUCGGUGGCCUCGGCUCCGAGGAGGGCGCCAUCCGCUCCCACGAGUACCCGCAGUUCUGCCUCUCGGCCGGGGCGCGUGCGGACGGGCUUGAGCUCGCCUCGUGCCGUACUGGCGCGGCGGCGCAGAGCUUCUCCGCCGGCCAGGAGCGGGCGCCAUCCGCGUGGACCACAGGGGCGCCGGGCAACGCCACGGCGGCAGGGUCGCCAAAGGUCAGCGUCCGACAGCUUCCGGCCGCGGACCCCACGGCUUCGGCAGCAGCGCCGCCGCCUCCUCCGAAGCCCAAACCGUCCGCGCCUUCGUGGGACACGGGCGUCUACAAGGACAACCCCUUCGGCUCCGCAGCGCCAGCGGCGGCGCCGCCAGGGGCCCGCCACACAGGCCCAGGGUGCCCAGACGAGGGCGGCGGCAACUACAAGUCGAAGUGCAAGCUCCAGCUCGCGGACCACAUCAUCGCCGAGUCCGCCGCCGUCCUCAAGAACGCGGGCGGCGUGCUGCCGCUGCCCAGGGGCGCCCGGGUGGCGCUCAUCGGCUCCGAGGCCUGCGCCAAGGACCCGCUGGCGCAGGGCGGCGGCAGCGGCUGGAACGGCUUCGCGUGCAACGAGGUCCCGAAGGUGAACGUCAAGGACGGCAUCGCGGGCCUUGGCGGUGUCGCCGCCCCGAGGUGCCCGCAGAAGGGGGGCACGGAGGCUCACAAGGUCGACGAGGCCGACGUCGUCGUGGCGGUGGUCGCACCCUCCCGGGCCAGCGAGGGCACGGACCGCGACACGCUGCAGCUGAAGGACGAGGACGUAAAGCUGAUCCGCAAAUACGGCGAGCUUGGGAAAAGGCUGGUCGUGGUCAUCAACGCGCCUGGCCCCAUGAUUACCAGCACGUGGGACUCGGUUGUGGACGCCAUCCUGAUCACAUGGCUCCCGGGACAGCAGAAUGGCAGGGGCGUCGCCAUGGCGCUGUACGGGCACGGCCACGCGGCCUCGGGUCGGCUGCCCUUCACCUUCCCGAAGUGCUCCACACAGGUCUGCAGCAGGGAGGACGAGCUCGCGAGCGUCGCGUUGGGCGACAAACUGUCCAACGGGGAGUACCUGAACUUCUCAGAGAAGGCCCUCAUCGGCUAUCGCUGGUACCACGCGCGCGGGAUCGACGUGUCCUACCCCUUCGGCUUCGGGCUGUUCGCGUACGGCAGCGCCGAGGUGCAGUACAGCGAGGCCCAGGCCGAGGUCGGGGACGACUCCGUCACCGUCUCGGCGAAGCUGGCCCACCAGGGGGCCAGGGAGGGCCGCGACGUGCCCCAGCUGUACCUGUCUUUCCCGAAGUCCAUCCCCGGCGACGCCAACAGCAAGCCCGAGUGGGUCCUGAAGGGCUUCACCAAGGUGGCCCUGAAGCCGAACGAGCCGAGAACCGUCUCGUUCGUCGUGCCCCUGCGAGAUCUCUCUUACUGGGACGACUCGCCGGGCAUGUCCAAGUGGGUUUGUGCUGACGGCGAGUUCCGGGCGUGCGUGGGCGCGAACGCCCGAGACGCCGUGGCGCCCGGCAGCGCCGCCUGCGUCCGCUUCACUCCUCGGUGCAGCGGGGCCGCAGAGAUCAUGGCCAAGGACGAGGAGCUGCGCGUGGGCGUCGCGGAGGGAGCGCUCGCCUCCCACUUCGGCCUCGUCUUAUUGGCGGCGUUGGUCUUCGGGGGCUGUUCCGCCGUGGCGCUCGCCCGGGCAGGCUGCAGGCGUCGGGACCACACUGCUGACGGCUUCGUGAUGGUUGCCAAUCCCGCCUCGUUCGCAGACGUCCCGCACCCAUGCGGCUCAUCUCCUGACCGGAGGGCAGAAGAGGAAGGCUUGCUCUGAGUCCGGAGUCUGAGGGGCUGACGCGCCACCUGGGAGCCUGGCGUACGAGAGUUUUUGUUCGCACGAUGGCGCUACUAGCGUGGAUGACCGUCGCGGCGCUGUGCUGUGCCCCCGUAGUCGAUGCAGACAUGUCAAUUCGUCCAGGAAGUCCGGAAAGGGAUCUUCCGCUCUUGAAUUCAGCAGGCUAGAGUCAGCAGGUGCACGUGUUUUCCCAUUGCUCCACCUAUCUAGCCCCUGUCUUUUCCCUAAUUCACCCGUGCCCGUCUGACGACAUCCAUUUGCUGGCGACUCCCACCAGAUCGGUGCUGCAGCAUAGCGCAGGCUUGCCUCGACCAUGACUGGCGCGAGCGUGGCGGGGUCACCAGCAAGUUCGCGAGCUGCUGGUCGCUUUCGGCGGCGCGCACAAGAGGUCGG